AUGGAUGAAUUCAAAAGGCAUUUCAUUAGAUCUGGGCAAGAGAUCAGGUUAUGCAUUUCACAAAUUCAGAAAAAUUUCCCUGAGAAUUUGAAGAACAAGGCCAUCCAAAGCGGGGAGGCAGGUGUGAUUCUCGAAUGCCUUGGCUUCAGAUGGGAACUCCAUCAGCCCCAGCUUUUUCAGUCCAAGACCUUGACCAAGCUUUACGUGAUGGCCCUGGCCCGGGGCAACGCAAACCCUGAGAAGGAGCUGGAGAAGCUUCUGCCAGCUCAGCUGCCCGGGAAGAUGAAAGAACAACGCCCCAUAAAGAAGAUGAUCAUUUCCUUGAAGAUCAAUGACCCUCUGGUCACCGAAGCUGCCUUCGCCGUGGCCCUGAAGAAUCUCUACCUGCGCGAGGUAAAGGUGAGCGUGGACGACGUGCUGGGUGUGCUGGCUGCAGCCCACAUUCUUCAGUUCCGCAGCCUGUUUCAAAGGUGUGUGACCACGAUGAUGAACGGACUCACGCCAGGCACCAUCAAGAACUUCUACCUGGCCGGCUGCAAGUACAAGGAAGAGCCGCUCACCACUGCCUGCGAGAAGUGGAUGGAGACGAACUUGGUCCCUCUGGUGGGGACACAGAUCCACCUCCGGAAAAUCCCGCAGGAGCUGCUGCACAAAGUGCUGAGGUCCCCCAGGUUGUUUACUUUUAGCGAGUUUCACCUUCUGAAAACACUUCUUUUGUGGGUCUACUUGCAACUAAACAACAAAGCUCAGACAAUUCCGAUGUACGAAACUGUGCUCUCAUUUUUUAGCAGCUUCCCCAAGAAGUGUUGCUUUCUGGACCGGGAUGUGGGACAGAACUGGAUGCCGCUCUUCCUUUGCCUGCGUCUGCACGGUAUCACCAAAGGCAAGGAUCUGGAGGAGCUACGGCACAUUAACUUCUUCCCUGAAUCCUGGCUGGUCCAGGUUAUAGCCAACCAUUACCAUGCGCUGGAGAAUGGGGGCGACAUGGCCCACGUGAAAGAUCUUACCACCCAGGGGGUGAGAUUCGGGCUGCUCUUUAACCAGGAGUAUACUACACAUUCAAAAGUGAUUGCCAUAUAUGGAUUCUUCUUUGAGAUAAAGGGAAUCAAACAUGAUACUACUUCAUAUAGUUUUCAUAUGCAGAGAAUAAGGCACACCGACUUGGAAUUUGCCUCCUCCGUCUAUGAGCACAGCCCCAUCAGCCUGAGAGCAGAGCGCUUGGUGACGUACGAGAUCAGAGCCCAGACCCUGGUGGACGGCAAGUGGCAAGAGUUCACGACGAACCAGAUCAAGCAAAAGUUUGGGCUGGUCAAGUCGUCCUGCAAAAGCCACGCCUUGAAAAUCCAAACUGUGGGCAUCCCAAUCUAUGCAAGUUUUUCAUUCGUCUUCUCAUUAUCUUAACAGUUUUCAGAAGAAUCUAUGGGAUUUUUUUUCUUCCACUGGUCCAUGUAAAAGGAAAUAAAACGACAUGAAAGGGACUGCUCAAGUAUUCAGCUGACUCUCCGAGUUAGUAAUGGUCUCAG